UGUGAAUGGAGGUUAGGUAGGGACUACCACUCUCUCAUUGUGGCCAUAGAGAAAUGUCAUGGUGCUGCUCACUAUUUACGUCAAAGGUUGCUGAAGUCAAAAGUAAUGCAUAUGUCAAAUAAUUUUCUAAUUAGUCUACAGAGAUUGUUUCAUGGGGAAAAAAAGGACUAAAUCACAUUAUUUUUGAACAUUUUGAUUGCUGCUCUGACAGCCCUGAGAAACAGGAGUACAUACACCUCGCCCUUUACAAGUUAGCCAACAUGAUGUCAUACAGGGCUGGAAUAAGAGUUGGGUCGUAUUCGUUAGGGCACACUGUAGCAAAACUUUUUGCAUCGAAAAAAACAAAAAACAAGCGUUUCUUAUUGGACAAGUUCAGGUAUUCCCUCCCUGUUUCAGUCCGUUUUCUAAUGUUUUUGGCGUCUAGUGAAUACGAACCUGCGAUGGGAGUUGGUGUGGACGAGAACAUCUAGGCGGGGACUGUGCUACAAGGUACAGGAAGGAGGGAGAGAGGGGGAGCAGACUGGGAAAUAUGCCAACAAUACCAGAGAAGACCAAACACUUUCUGCUGGUUCAACGACAAAUAGAGGUGAAAGACAGAAUGGCAGAGAAUUGUGAGAGAAUGUCAGAAUGGCAUAGAACUGGUUCCCAAAUAAAUACGUUGGACAAUGAGAAACUUGUACGACCAAAAGAGAAACUGCACAUCUUAUUACAGCAGGCAGGUGCAGACAAAGACGUUUUCACCAUGAAAGAGGUGAUAUUCUACCUGGGGCAGUACAUCAUGAAGAAGCAGCUUUAUGACAUGAAGCAGCAACACCUAGUGCACUGUGCUGACGACCCACUGGGGGCUGUACUGGGAGUGGACAGCUUCUCUGUUAAAGAGCCACGAGUCCUCUUCGCUAUGAUCACACAAAAUCUCCUAGCAGUGCAAAAUCAAGAAUCCCAGUCUCUGUUCACGGAACCCAGGAGCCAGAGUGAACCGGAUAGAGGGCCCAAGGAAACAGACUCGGACUGUCCUUCAUCAUCAUCUACCUCAGAACGCAGGAGGAGGAGGAGUGACCCUGCGGGCACAUCAUCGACACAAGAGGAGGACGGCUGUGAGCCCAGGAAGAGGCAUAGGUCAGAUAGCUUUUCUCUAACCUUUGAUGACAGCAUGUCCUGGUGUGUGAUAGGAGGCCUGAGACGAGACCGGAGGAGCACUGAGUCUUCAGACUCCCACAGUAACACUGAAGUAGGUUCAUCGGUCAGUGACGUGUGUGACGAUGUUCUGAGCCAGGAUCUGGACUCUGAUAACUUCAGCGUGGAGUUUGAGGUGGAGUCCAUUGACUCGGAUGCCUACAGCGAUCCCGAAGAGGCUUCAGUGUCUGGAGAGGACGAGGUGUAUGAAGUCACCAUCUUUGAAGCAGAGGAGGAGGACUCGUUCGAUGACGACACUGAAAUCACGGAAGCAGACUACUGGAAGUGCUCGAAGUGUGAGGAGUUGAACCCUCCCCUCCCCCGUAACUGCAACCGCUGCUGGAAGCUAAGAAAGGAUUGGUUUCCCGAGUCUGACAGCAACUCUGCUAUCACCACCACCACCACCACCACGGCCCCCAACCAAACCUUUGCCCCCAAGCCUUCCCCAGCCCCGACAGAGACAGACGAGACCGAGGCUGAAGGACUGGAUGUCCCAGACGGGAAGAGAGCCCGGUCGCCCCUUCCCCUCCUCAAAGACUCCCAGGAAUUGGUGUCCGUCUCUGGCCCCGAUUCCCAAGACUCGGCCUGCUCCUCCCAGCCCUCCACCUCUUCUUCUUCUUCUUCCGGUGGUGUAGGCUCAGGCUCAUCCUCUAGCGCCCCCUUCAGCCAGGAAGUGAUGGCACCGGACCUGGAGCGCUUCAACAGCCAGGAGGCUCACCUCCCCGCCAGCUGCCUGGAGCCCUGCGUCAUCUGUCAGACCAGGCCCAAGAACGGCUGCAUCGUACACGGACGCACCGGACACCUCAUGGCCUGUUACACCUGCGCCAAGAAACUGAAGAAGAGGAACAAGCUGUGUCCAGUCUGCAGGGAGCCCAUUCAGUCCGUCGUCUUAAUCUAUCUCAGCUGAAGGACGGCUAUCGGCUAGACUGGCUUGCAUCCCAAAUAGCAGUCUAUUCCCUAUGUAGUGCACUACUUUCAACCAUGGAACCAUAGGGCUCCGGUCAAAAGUAGUGCACUAUAUAGGGAAUAGGGUGUCGUUUAGGAUGUAACCUAUAGCUACACCCCCACUCCCUGAUCCCAAAACACCAUAACUCUGAAUUAAUAAAAUGUGUAUAUAUGUUUCAUUGUUUAUUUGGAAGUGGUUUUUAUUUAUGAACUGUCUGAGUGUCUUGACUCUACCAAGCAAGGUGCCUGUUGUUGAUUUGUGAUGGAUUUAUAGUGAUAAUAAUCUCCUGAUGUGUUCUAUCUAGGGUUUCAAAUGGAUCAAAUUCUCUUAGCAGUGAUAUAUUCACUUUUAUUUUAUUAUUUUGAUUUGAAUAAAGUAUGUCUAUCAAAUUAACACUUAUAUAUUGGUAACGAUGGUAGUUUUUGUUGUUUUAUUUUCACCUAGUCUUCCCUCUAUCCUGCACAGAUGAUUUUGAUAAUGAUAGUCUUAUAAUUGGAUCUAUAAUGAUAUGGGGUAAAUCUAUGUGAAAGUCAACGUUCACCGGCAGAAAGAGACUUUGUUGUUGUUUGUUGUUGCCGAGUGUGUAGUAGUUGCUAGGGGACUACUUUUCAUUAAAUCUCAGCAAACAUG